AUGACUUCCCGUACUACACUCCUUCACGCACUCUUCAAUAUGGUCUCGAUGCUUUCCCUGAUGGCCAUGGACGAUACCGCAUCUCUUUUGUGGUGUAGGCUGACUCCUCGGGACCUCCUCUCCGCCGCAUCUGAAAAAGACCACUUCUUCUUCAAGUCUGACGUCGACGUCGACUCUCCAUUACUAGAAGAUAUCUCUUCAGCAGGUCCUAUCGCAACUCCUCAUUGA